CCUCCUCUCCGUCCCUCUGUAGUCUCAUUCCGUGUCUCUCUCUCCAUCAGCAGCGGUCUGGAUGCUUGCAGGGACAGAAACAUGGCUGUGAAUCUCGGCAAGAACAGACUGGCCCUGCUGACCGCCUACCAGGACGUCAUCGACGAGACCUCGGACACCGACUGGGCUCUGUACACGUACGAGGACGACACCAAUGAUCUGUGUCUGGCUGCUUCAGGAGGAGGCGGUCUGCCAGAGAUCACGCUGACCUUCGACAGCGGGAGGGUGAUGUACGGUUUCUGCAGCCUGAAGGAGCCCAACUCAGCCCUGCCACGAUUCAUCCUCAUCAACUGGGUUGGAGAUGAUGUUCCCGAUGCCAGGAAGUGUGCGUGUGCGAGCCACGUGGCGACCAUCGCUGACUUCCUCCAGGUCAGACCGACCACGGGGGUGGAGGUCAUCGUCAACGCCAGCAGUCUGGAAGACAUCGACCCAUCAGCCAUCGGGCAGCGGCUGACCAACGGGACGGUGGCGGCGGCGAGUCCGGUGCUGAACCGUCUGAGAACCCGAGAGGAAGGACCCGACGUGGGCACGGUGUACGAGAAGACCAACGCAGAGGUGGAGAUGAAGAAGAUCAACAGGGAGGAGUUUUGGGAGCAGGCCAAGCGAGAGGAAGAGAUCCGGAAGGAGGAGGAGAAGAAGAAGGCGACGGAGGAGCGGCAGCGCUACGAGGAGGAGCGGAUGGAGCUGGAGAGGAAAGAGCAGGAGAACCGAGAGAAGAGGUACCGAGAGAGGGAGCAGCAGAUCGAGGAGCACAGGAAGAAGCUUCAGGAGGAGGAAGAGGCCAGAGAGAGGUUGCAGAAUCAGAUCAAGCUUGCUGCAGAGGCGAGCAGCGACGACCUGAACCUGGACAAGAAGGAGUCCGAGGUGGAGGAGGCGAAGGCCAUCAUCGCUCAGCGGUCAGGAAACCCUCGAGAGUUUUUCAAGCAGAAAGAGAGAGCGAUGACCUUCAGCUGCGACACCUCGCCCGUCUCCAUCCACAGGAGCGGCCGUUUGGACAGCCCGUUCUUGAGGCAGCAGCACAGUCCCAGCAGCCCAAGUCAGACUCCCCCAACCCGGGGCACGUCACCCCUCCGCACCCAGCCACACGCACGGACGCAGCCCGCCGCUGCAGCCGCGAGCACAGACCGAAACAUGGCUGCUGUGUCGCCCAUACCCAAAAUAGUCACCACGCCAAUCAAAGAAGACUUCCGCAGAGACGAGGACGACUGCAGAGAUGAGUGGGAUUCGGUGCCAAAGCAGGAUCAGAAACCACCUGUCCAGGAGUCCACGCCCACCAAACCUGUUCAGAGUGUCGCCCCACAGUCCCGGGACUCGUCCAACUUCUCCGUGUGGGAGUCCGGGACAGACAGCCUGGUCAACCUGUGGGACAGCAGCUCCGGCCCUCCCCCCAACACCUCCAAUCUGGUGGACCUGAUGGGUGACGUCCUGCCCAGCAGCGCCGCCGCUAGCGGCCGGCCUCAGCCCCUCCUCAGCUUUGACGAGAUGAUGGACGGGACCUUAUGCUCAGGCACCGGCGCCGAGGACGAACCCACCAGUCUGGUGGACGUGACCGCCUCUGACCAGAUGACCCCCAGCUACCAGCAUGCACUGCAGCACGCGUCUGGGGAUGGGCAGGAACUGGAGGACGUAAAGCGGCUAAUGACCAACGGUGAGGCGCUGCUGAAAGAGGGGACUCAGGCAAGUGAGGGCUAUUUCAGCCAAUCACAGGAGGAUGAAUUUGGCCAAUCAGAGGAGUCCUCGGCUAAACCUGCACCUGUCUUUUAUAACAAGCCACCAGAGAUUGACAUCACGUGCUGGGACACGGACCCCGUUGACGACGAUGACGACUAACCAACCAAUCAGCAACACCGACCACCGGACCAAGAGGAAGUAGGAAGUGCGCUUCAAGAAGAAACAGAUUUUUUUGUAAAAAAAAAAAACGAAACACAAAGAAACAAAAAAAAAAAACAAACGUGGUAAUAAUC